AGUUGUGGUUUUAUUUCCGGGGUUGUCUUCUCAAAAUAAGUCAUGAAGCAUGCUAGCUAACCUAGCAGUUAAAAGAUUCAGAAGUGCAAGUGUGUACAGUGGGUUUUAGCUGUGUUUGUUAGAGGCAAAGUCAGCGGACUCUGAAAUGACUUAAGAAAGCGGUGGUUUUGGCGUAACCGUUAACAUAGAGUUAAAGAGUAUCGGUAGAAGAUGAUAGAACCAGAGCUACUGACCGAGGUCCCAGCAGCACUUAAGCGGCUAGCCAAGCAGGUUGUAAGGGGUUUCUAUGGAGUGGAACAUGCCUUGGCCCUGGAUGUGCUGAUCCGCAACCCAUGUGUACGUGAGGAGGACAUGCUGGAGCUGCUCAAGUUUGACCGUAAACAGCUGCGCUCAGUACUCAACACCCUGAAGGCAGACAAGUUUGUCAAGUGCCGCAUGAGAGUGGAAACGGCUCCCGAUGGCAAGACAACACGGCACAACUACUACUUCAUCAACUACAGGGUACUAGUCAACGUGGUCAAGUAUAAAUUGGAUCACAUGCGACGGCGCAUCGAGACAGAUGAGCGAGACUCCACCAACCGUGCCUCCUUCCGGUGCCCCUGCUGCUUCUCCACCUUCACCGACUUAGAGGCCAAUCAGCUGUUUGACCCUAUGACAGGUACAUUUCGCUGCACCUUCUGCCAGACAGAAGUAGAAGAGGAUGAGUCUGUCUGUCCUGAUGCCAGGACACAGGUGGCACGCUUCAAUGAGCAGAUCGAGCCCAUCUAUGUGCUGCUACGUGAGACAGAAGAUGUUAACUUGUCCCAUGACCUGCUGGAGCCUGAGCCUACUGAGAUUCCUGCCCUGAAACAGAGCCGUGAACGUGCUGCAGCAUCCGGACUAAACUCUGCAGGCCAACACCGUGAAGCCUGGUCUAACAAAGGCUCAUCCUACGCUGACCUGUACACCCAGAAUGUGGUUAUCAGCAUGGAGGAGCAGGAUGCCCAGCAGAAGCAGGCCAGUGAGGGCAAAGCACCUAAGGAGAGGCCCGUCUGGUUGACCCAGAGCACCGUGCAGGGUGCUUACAGCGAACCUGACAUCCUCCAGAACAGUGGAGACGUUGUACCCGGAGCCCAGGAUGGAGCCACUGGUCAUGGAAUUGGUCAGGCAGAUGAAAAUGAAGAAGUGAUGCGUGCCCUGCUCAUCCAUGAGAAGAGGGGUGCGACAGGAGUAGGUGGAGGUGGAGCGAGUGCUGCUACAAAGGGGCUCACCUCCGCCACAGCUAAUGCCAGCGACUCAGAGAGCGACACCAGCGAAUCAGAUGACGACUCUCCCUCAGGUCCUCCCCCUGCCGCAGCUGCUCAGCAUCGGGCCAACGAGGAGGAGGAAGAGGACGAUGAUGAGUUUGAGGAGGUGGGGGAUGAGCCGAUGGUGAUGGUGGGAGGGCGGUCGUUCUCAUACCGAGAGGUCAGCCAGAGGCCAGAGCUAGUGGAGCAGAUGUCUGCACAGGAGAAGGAGGCCUACAUUGAAAUGGGACGAAACCUCUUCCAGGACAUGUACUUCUGAACACUCACACACUUUUAUAAAUGUAUACAUUCACACACACACACACACACAUAAUGAAACAAUUUGAUGGAUAGGCUUUGAGUUCCCAAAUGUAUACCUCUGCUGUCUCAGUGUCGAUGGUGAUAUCUGAGGAAAUGUUUGUGCAAACAACUUCUAAAGAAAAACAGGGGUUGCUCAAGAAGUAUUUACAGUCAGCUAGAACCAAGGACAUGCUUUGACAGUGUUGCCUAAGUGAUCACACCUUUAGUAUUCUGUCCUAAGUAUUUUUUUAUUCUCAGUCACCAAACCAGAAGAGAGCUGGCCAGCUGCAGUUUGUGCACAGAGUGCCAAUUAGUUUUUUGUUAGUCCGGUAAACUUGCAUCUGAAAUGAAAAUUAAACAGUCUGUCUACAUCAUGCAUCUGACGGAACAGACAAGCUUCUCUACACACAAGCAUAUGUUCAGUGCUUCAAGUCAGUUUUUUUCCCCCACUCAUUCCGUAUGGCUACGUUGACUGUGUAUUGGGCCAUGAGCUCUGCCAGAAGACAUCUGUGUGCAUAGCAGUACUGUGGCUGAACGUAAGCAGUGUGACACUGAAGGAGGACCGAAGCUGCUGCUGUGCUGCCGACGGGCUGCUUUCACUACGCUGGCCAUGUAGACAUGGUGUUAGGCUGAAUAUUUUCUGUAACAAAUUCAGACUGGAUUUAAAAGCUCCUCUCAGGCAAAUGUUGAACAAGAGAAACAAGAAGAUAUGGGUGAAUUGUUGUGGUUUUCAGUAAAACAUUUGUUAUUCUGAACUAUCUGUAAUAAAAAGAUACUGCAGUACACCAAUA